AACACAAGUCGCAACUUCCCCACCUUCGCGACCCUUCUCGUCUUCACCAACCUUCUCCACCAUCGCCCACGCGGGAGGGAAGCGAUCGGAGCCGAUACAGACGACGACCAGGAUACCCUUGCAAGAUAGACAGAGAGAGAGAGAGAGAGAAUGGAGUCAGAGGGUGGCGAGCAGGGAGGCAGCUCCGGCGGCCCUGCCCCUUUCCUGGUCAAGACCUACGAGAUGGUGGAUGAUUCCUCCACCGACGACGUCGUCUCCUGGAGCGCCUCCUCGAAGAGCUUCGUGGUGUGGAACCACGCGGAUUUCUCCGCCCGCCUCCUCCCGACUUACUUCAAGCACAACAAUUUCUCCAGCUUCAUCCGCCAGCUCAAUACCUAUGGAUUCCGAAAAAUAGAUCCCGAGAGGUGGGAGUUCGCCAAUGAGGAUUUUAUCAAAGGGAGGAAGGAUCUCCUCAAGAACAUCCGUCGCCGCAAGCCCAUCCACAGCCACAGCCUCCCGCCUGGCGGUGCUGCUGUCGCGGAUGCCGAGAGGGCCGCUUUACAGGACGAGAUCGACCAGCUGAGAAGAGAGAAAUCCAGCCUCGAGGCGACUCUCUGGAAGUUCGAGCAACAGUGCUCGGAGAUGCACAGCCAGUUCGAUGACGUCGAGCGGAGAGUGGCCGACAUGGAGAAUCGGCAGCUGAAGAUGAUCACGUUCCUGCAGCAGGCGAUGCUGAACCCUCGGUUCGUGGAGACUCUUGCGAAGAUGGCUGCUUCCUCAUCCAUGGACUUCUCGGUGAUCCACAAGAAGCGAAGGUUGCCGCUGGGAUCAGAGAACAGCUUGUGUGAUGACCAUUGCAGCACAUCCAAAUUCGAGUCUGGGCUCGUGCUCAAUCAGGACUUUUGCGAUAAGCUGAAACUGGAAUUGUGCUCGGCUUUUCAAGACAGGGAUUUGGUCAUGGCCAGCACUCAGAGCUCCAUCGAGGACACCGGUAGCUCUCGCGAAAAGCAAUUCGACUACGGGCGAGGUGGCGCAUCAGAAUGCCUGCUGCCAUUGACGCCUGAGACAUUGGAGCUCUGCGACACCGGAGCAUCUAUUUGCCCAACAAAAAAUCUUUCGCCUCGAAGCCGACAUGACAAUGGGGACGGGAGCUUUCCAUGCCAUUUAAGUCUAACGCUUGCAUCAUCUGGAAUGGAAAUGGAUAGGAGUUCAGCAGAUCAAAGGGAAGAAAAUUCCAUGGAAUUGGACAAAGUUGGCACGGAUGGGGAAGAACUUGGCACACUAGUGUUAAGUAGCCAAAAUCCAGCAGCUGAAUCAGGUGGCACAAAAGCUGCACAGGCACAACAAAAUCCAAGAACUAGUGGUGAAACACAACCGAAUCAUCCGGUUAGAGUCAACGAUGUGUUUUGGGAGCAAUUCCUAACUGAAAGGCCUGGUUCAGAUGACACUGAAGAAGCAAACUCCAGUUCGAGGGCAUAUUAGAAAGAGCAGAAGCAAGUGUGGCUAUGCAAAAACGAUUUAGAAAAAAACUAUAGCCUGGCUAUGCAAAAAGGAUUUGGACAAAAAACUAUAGUCUGAUCUUCCUGUAGAGUCCUUGUAUAAUGUGUAGUUAUUUCAUAAAUUCUUCAGGAUGAACCUUUCUCAGCAUGGGGAUGUUCUUACUCUUAGUUGGAUAGACACUUGGUGGAGAUAUCUUUGUUGCUGUGUUUGUGUGUGAGUUUUGAUCAUCACAUGAUCGCAAAGUUAUUUAUUACAAUUUUGAAA